CAACUCUACCCCGUGCAGACAAAGUGAUGUGUGCGAAAGAGCAGGUGCUGGUUGCACAAGCGCGGCUAUUGGCUGAAAGGGUUCAGUAAAGUGUCGGUAAAGCCGCCCUCUCUGGCCAAUCACAAGGUCGGCACGCUGCGGCGAACAUGGCAUCGGUUGGCAGGCUAACAGUGAAGAACACUGUUCUUCUGCUGUGUGACAUGCAGGAAAAGUUCCGGCCCAAUAUUGUCCACUUUGGCAAUAUUGUGAGCAACGCGGCCAGAGUGUUGCAGGCCUCUCAAAUUCUGGGCAUCCCCCCGAUCUUAACGGAGCAGUACCCCAAGGGCCUCGGACCAACGGUGCCGGAGCUGGGGGCAUCAAACCUGAGACCUCAUUCCAAAACCCAGUUUUCCAUGCUGACUGAUGAGGUGCAGAAGGAGCUGAAGGAGCUUGGGUGUCCAAAGAGAGCUAUUCUGUGUGGAAUCGAAGCUCAGGCUUGUGUUGCAUGCACAACCUAUGACCUGCUGGAAAAGGGUGUUGAGGUUCAUAUUGUUGCAGAUGCAGUCUCUUCUAGAAGCCAGACGGACCGAUUGUUUGCCCUGAGCCGUUUGAAGCAGAGUGGGGCAUUUCUCACCACCACAGAAGGGGUUCUGCUGCAGCUUGUGCAGGAUGCCAAACAUCCCAAUUUCAAAGAGAUCCAGAAGCUGCUGGCCCACCCCUCCCCCGACACCGGCCUGCUUUCUUUCUUUGGUUCUCCCUAAAGUGGAAAGACUGAAGGAGUUAAAAUAUCUGGCAAUUUACCAGAACACUGUGAAUGGACACUAAUGAAAGAACUGUUUCUUGAAAAUGUCAAUAAAAAAAAAAAAAAAA